AUAGAGAGAGGGGGAAAGAGAAAGAAAGAGACCAAGAUCGGGAAAAGGACUGAGAGAGACAGGGACUGAGAGAGACAGGGACCGAGAGAGUAAUAAGGUGUGUGUGUGUGUGUAGAUGUGUGACAGCGGUGUGUGUGAAGACAAGCCCCCCGCCCCCCCUGUCAGAAUGAACAGCCAAGGAGGCGGAGCCAAGGACUCCGUGUCGGGCAACUACAACUCUCGGUCCCUCCCCUCUGUUCCUGAGGAGAAACAGAAACGAAAUAAAAUCAUCUCCAUGUUCGCCUCCGAGAAAGGAGGCAGGAAGAAGGAUCGUGAUAAGGACAACAGACCAGAGAUCUCCUCUCCGUCAGACUUUGAACACACCAUCCAUGUGGGCUUCGACGCCGUCACAGGAGAGUUCACAGGCAUGCCGGAGCAGUGGUCCAACCUGCUCCAGACGUCUAACAUCAGUAAAUCGGAGCAGAAGCAGAAUCCUCAGGCUGUUCUGGACAUUCUCAAGUUCUAUGACUCCUCCACCGCAAAACAGAAAUACCUCUCCUUCUCAGAAAAAGAUGCACAGUCGCCUGGAAAGCAGGGUGCCACGUCCUCGCCAUCCGGCGGUAAAGACGGUGAAGAUGAUGACGAUGAUGGAGACGAAGCUCCGCCCCCUAUUGUGGCACCACGGCCUGAGCACACCAAAUCAGUGUACACCAAGUCUGUCAUCGACCCACUUCCUCCACUGCCAGAGCCUGACUCCGCCUCCAACAGGAACAAGAAGAAACAGCAGGGCAAGAUGACUGAUGAGGAAAUCAUGGAGAAACUACGAACCAUCGUCAGUAUUGGAGAUCCCAAGAAGAAGUACACACGCUAUGAGAAGAUCGGCCAGGGAGCGUCUGGUACUGUCUACACAGCCAUCGAUGUUGCCACUGGUGCAGAGGUAGCUAUCAAACAGAUCAACCUCCAGAAACAGCCGAAGAAGGAGCUGAUCAUCAACGAGAUCCUGGUGAUGAAGGAGUUACAACAACCUAACAUCGUCAACUACGUAGACAGUUUCCUGGUAGGUGAGGAGUUGUUUGUGGUGAUGGAGUAUCUGGCUGGAGGUUCGCUCACGGACGUUGUCACGGAAACAUGCAUGGACGAGGCUCAGAUCGCUGCCGUAUGCAGAGAGUGUCUGCAGGCUCUGGAGUUUCUCCAUGCCAACCAGGUGAUUCACAGAGACAUCAAGAGUGACAACGUGCUGCUGGGCAUGGACGGAUCUGUCAAGCUCACUGACUUUGGGUUCUGUGCCCAGAUCACUCCAGAGCAGAGUAAAAGAAGCACCAUGGUGGGGACUCCCUACUGGAUGGCUCCUGAGGUGGUGACCAGGAAGGCCUACGGACCCAAGGUGGACAUCUGGUCCCUGGGCAUCAUGGCUAUAGAGAUGGUGGAGGGAGAACCCCCUUACCUCAACGAGAACCCACUCAGGGCCCUCUACCUGAUAGCCACCAAUGGGACUCCAGAGCUCCAGUCUCCAGAGAAGUUAUCUCCAGUGUUCAGGUCCUUCCUGUCCCGCUGUCUGGAGAUGGAUGUAGAGAAGAGAGGAGGGGGGAAAGAACUACUGCAGCAUCCAUUCCUAAAGCUGGCCAAGCCUCUCUCCAGCCUCACCCCUCUCAUCCUGGCAGCCAAGGAGGCCAUGAAGAGUAACCGCUAACCCUGGUUAGCCACAGAUACACUGGAUUCCUAUGUCUCUAUGUUAGCCUGAGCGCUAACUACUAGCCUUACCAGCUAACUUCCAGCCCUACAGUGCCAACUCGUCAGUGCCUCUCAGUAA